AUGGCUCGAGGGCGUCGGAAAGCAUCCCAAACGCCUCUAAGUUUAAGUGCAUCAGGAACGUCACGAUCACGGGCCAGGCCUUCUCGUUUCACACCGACUAGGACAGUAUCUAACAGAUCUACGCCAGCAUCGACGAAGCCUCCGAGAAAGUUAAAAAUUAACAAAAAGUAAGAUAACAUUAUAAGGAAUGUAUUUGCCUUUAGGCCCAAGAUAGAGUGGACGAGCGAUGAUGAGGAGGUGAAAGUAGAAACGGCUUCUGAAGAGGAGAGCGACGAAGAGUACGUUCAUCCGCCAUCUGACCCAGAAUCAGAAGAGUAUGAUCUCACGGAAAACGAGGAGUCGAACCAAGGAUGUUCGAGGAUUGAAGGUUAGUGGAUAAAACGUUCAACUUGCUGUAAAUUUUGAAAUGAUGCAAUAGUUUUGAAUUUUUUUUCUUUUAUUAUAUUGAGCUUUUUGAAUUUUUUAAAAAAUUUUUAGGUAACAAAAGUAAUAUUUUCAGAACACAAAUUUCAUCCUUGGCUAGACAUUCCUCAAGACAAACUACCAUUGUUGUCACUUCCGAACACUAGUACUGAUCUUCUUGUUGAACCUAAUUUGUUAUUUUCUGCACUUGAAGUAAGAUUUUGUUUGUUGUUAUUUUAUUAUUGCUUCUGUUUAUGGGACUUACCUAUCUCAAAGAACCUUUAUAUUUACUUGCAUUUAGUGUUUUCGGCUUACUAUAAAGAUGUUUUUUUAGGUUUAUGAAGUGUGUUACAACUUCUACCGAGUUCUUCAGCUGUCUCCAUUCUUGUUCGAGGACUUUUGUUGUGCGUUGCGAUCUCCUGAUCAGUCGAGGUUGUUGUCUGAGAUACAUAUUGCUUUCAUCCGUUUGUUUUACCGAGAUGACGACGAUUCUGUUACAUAUUCUGCUCAAGAUACCAACAACUACUUCAAUAUCACGUUGCAGUUGCUGGAUGGCAUGACUUAUGGCGAGGUGAGAUUUACUUUUCUUUUUAUUUUUUUAGGUGUUAAAUUAUGUCUCUUGUAUUCACAAUUUAUAUUUUUUGUUUAUUAUUUUUUAAUCAGGGUUAUCAUGAGCAAGUAUUUUUAGAUAUUGAGGCAGUAUGUGGAGAGCGAUCCGCGUUUUGACCAGUCGAUAUUACCUAUAUUGUCAGAAAACUAUCCUUUUGUAAAUAGCACGAAGAGAUUAAAAGUACUGAAGUGGUUGUGCGACAGGUUUCUGGAGACUUCAAUAUUCAGAAAAGUGAUACGAAACGAAGGCAAGAUAGUGGUAUGUGAUAAUCUUUCUUCGCUUUUUAGAAAUGAUAUAAUGUAAUUAUUUUUGUUUAAGAUAAAUUUAUAAAUUAUUUUUGAUUUGAGUAUGUAAAAAUAAUAUUUUUUUUCGCUUUUCAGUACGAUGAUGUGUGUAGAAACUGUGGGAAAGCGGGUACGGUGAUUUUGUGUGAUGGGUGUGACGCCUGUUACCAUGUUGAAUGUACGGGAAUGGAGAUGAUCCCAGAUGGCAGCUGGAUCUGUUCUGUCUGUGAAGCCCACGAUCUCUCUGGAGCCACGAAUCUUCGAAGAAUGGGAGAAGCCGCCAACCGGCAGCCGAUCAAAUUGAGUGCCUUAGGGAGAGAUCGGCAUGGCCGUACCUAUUGGUUUGUGGCCAGACGAAUAUUUGUGGAGAACAUAAACAGAACAGAAGUAUAUUACUACUCGACGUUGCCUCAGUUGUACAAUCUCGUGAAGAAUAUGGAUUCAGAAUAUUUGGAGAAAGAUCUUUGCGAAGCUAUCAAGGAUAACCUGGAUAGAAUUGUCUCUGAUAUGAGGAUGACACUAAAGUUGACCAACUACCAUCGAGAUGAAAUUGUCAAGAAUCUUCCCACAAAGAAGAAAGUGAUACCUCCAUCGUAUUUGGAACAGGAUAAUUGUAAGUUUAUGUUUUCAUGUAACUGUCUUUUUUACGCGACUUGAGGAGACUUUACUGAAGCUAUCAAUAAUAUUGUUUUAGCCUUUUUGAUGUGUCAGAUCAUGGCCGAACUGAUUCAAUCAGCUGAAGACGACCCCAAGGUAGAACAUUCAAUGUUGGUGGGUGAUGUUUUAACUGCGUUAGGAUUUGAUGACGUCAAUUUGGUAGACACGUUUUGGAGUGGGGGUAGUUUGUCAAGUAAGUAUCUUCGUACCUGAUAUUAGGAAAAUACUUUUAUUAUAGUUAUACUGUAACACAUCUUGAGUAAUAUUUAACCUUCAGGCGAUGAAUUGAUAUCCAAACACAACGACCUUGUAGAAGCUUUGGCGAGAGAUGAGAUUGCGACACUAAACGAGAUUAACACAAACAAUAACAGGGGCUACCGAUACUCAUUCACGGACGGGCAUUAUAGAGAAUAUAUAAAUGAAUACACGACAAAUGAGUUGGCCAAGUCAUCGAAACAGAGAAACAAAGAGAAGGACAAACGACGGUACAUGAGCCAGAGGUUCUCGCUGAUGGAUGAGUACGAGUUCGUGGUAAGCAAUUACUUAGCGUUCUACAAUACUUUGAUGGAAUUUUAUACAUUACUAUACCUAUAUAUGUUGUGGGGUUUUAAAGUUCGUAUGAACAAUUUAUUUUAGUGGUCAUGCCCGAAGAACAAGGACAUCUACAUGAAUGAAUGCUACACAGGACGUAAUCUACAACAAAGUCUGCUAAAGUUUAUGGAUUCACUGCCGGAUGAACUGUACCAUCGUAUGUGGAGGGCAGAGAAGUCAAUAUUUAUGGAGGUAAGAGUUUUUUUGAAGUAUUUAAAGGAAGAACUUGAUAUUUUACGGACAUUAUACGAUUUGUGGUUAUUGUAAUUGCUAGCAAUAACAUACCUUACUGUGUAACUUCUAAAUUUGCAGAGAAUGAAUAAAAACUACAGUAACCAGCCGAAAGACGCCGAAGAAUCCAAAAGUAUGUUGAUGGAGCUGAGAUAUUUGUUGUUAAAGUUCGAAUGUGUGAUACGAAAACCGUUGUUUACAAAUGUCUGGUGGAAUACCCUGGGAAUAACAAGACUAAACCGAGUGACCAGUGAUGACAAAGACCGACGCACCAAGCUGGAUCUUCGACAAAAGAAGGAGGAAAAGGUAAGCACAUUGGUAUAGAUAGUUGUUAAUUUAUUUAUUCUUUACAGUUUUAAAAUUAAUUGUAUUAUAAUAGUUCUAACAGGUUGUAAUUGUUGCUGUUUCAGGCGUUGUUAGCCACUGACCCGAGUGAUUGUCCGCCGGACGUUAAAUUUGUGAAAUACCUCAAGAAACAGUCUCAGUUAUGGAAGAGCAAGAACGAGUCGUACCGGUUAGUCAGCAGAGGUGGUAUGGGAGGAUGGUUGUGGGUCUCGUGCACAUUAAAGAGGACCUACGUAUCAGAUAUUCCUGUAGAAGAAAGACUACAGAUGCAUAACAAAAAGAAAAGAAGUUUGGAGAACAUUGUACAGAAAAUCAAGUUUCCAUCGACGACGGCAGAUGCAGUAUGUUACUCGCAUCUGUGCAGAGAGUACUCCAAGAUCGAGGGGAUCAAGUACAAUUGUUAUAGUAGUUAUUGUCCACGGAAAUCUGCACGAAGAGGUAGGAUAACAUAUUCUUUUCACUGCUUUGCGUAUUUUAUUGAUGCUUUAAUAAUGAUUUAAUGUGGUAUAAUUUUUACGUUUUUAGUGCGAUUUGUGACAACAGAUAAACCCAAGCCCACCAAACAGAAGGUACUCGGAGAAAACGCCCCCUUCCCUAUUCCAGAACCAUUUCAAUUCAAAUCUCGAGGGUCAGGCAAAAGGAGUCUUAUGGUGCUACCCCAACCUCAUCUCCGGAAACUGGCACGGCAAGGGGGUCUGAAUCCAACCACUGUGAUAUUCGGUUUCAACAAAAUUGCUAAAACCAAUUCGAUCGUGUGGCAUUAUCCUUGUCCCAGGCCGUUGUUCGAUCAUUGUUGGAGAUACAACACUUUGAAUGCGAAUUCGCUGCACUCGUUGGCAUUAUCGUUAAGAAUAAUGUACUCGUGUGUACGAUGGGCUGACUUGGAGCCAGAAGACACUAAAGUAAGUCUUUAAGUAUGCGUGUCAUAAUACUGUAUUUAAGAUAAUUUUAAAACUUUAAAUUAACGCUGUCAUAUCAAAAUUGUCAUCUUCAGGACUCGCGAGUGAUGACACACCACCUUGACCAUGACGAAGUCAGGCAGAUUGUAGGUCAUAAAGAGUAUCCUCCAGAUGGAUACUAUGAACGAUACAAGUUGAAGAUAUUCAUGUUGGCAUUAGAAGAAGAUCUCGUUCUCCCCGACGAUGAAGGCAAGGGCAAAAAGUACAAAAAGAAACCCCCGAAGAAGGGCCAGGUACCCACUCCACAGAUGAUGGCAAUAAGGACACGAGGAGAGACCAUUAGUUGGGCUGAUGGGGUUGAUCUCAAACUCUACGAAAUCAAGAGCUACUGGAGGAGAGUUCUGAUGGAGGAUGAGACACUGAAGGAGCUGCAGAGGAGGCCUGUGCCAGUAAAAUGUAGGUUUUUAAUUUCAUAUGAUAUCAUUAAUUUUCGAUCAUUAACUGGGCUGACCUGGACUUGAUUUUGUUUUAGCUGAAAGCAGAAACUCUCUUCCUCCGCCUCGACCGAUAAAUGUCCCUCCUCAACGAAUAAUGUCAUCACAAAAGGCGCAGGGCUUAAAAUCAGCAUUUAAUGCUCCUGUUAUCGCUCGAGGAGUCAACCGAGCUUCUACUUCAUAUAUUUCUCAAAACGACUCUUACAGAAGAGAGUACACUCCAUCGUCACUCGUAGUUCGUGAGCCUAUUGGGGUAAGGUCGAAUGGGACACAUUACCAAUCACCAUCAAACUCACGAGACUACUCCAGCUCUCCAGUACAAUCACAACAGGUUCGAUACGUCAAUACCACGCCCAGAAAUCCGCCCCAAACGCAGAACGUACGCUACUUCACCCCCGACACUAUUGUGAUCAACUCGCAAGGUGCUCAAGUGAAUGGCUAUGCCUCCAUGCCCAGGUAUCAGUCGGUGAUGCGUCGCGAACCCCCAGGGCGGCGGCUCUUCCCCAAUCGCCAGAUGUAUCCGAUCUCAGCCAAACGUGUCUACAGCAACGGCUUCAACUCCGGUUUGGGGCUGAACAAAGAGAACGGCCGCAUCGUGCUGGACAUGCCCGACGAUGUCGACCAGACUCCGCCACAGAAGCGUAUCCGCCUCGUGAAGCCGGAGCCACCACGUUGA